CCGCGGCCGCCGCCAUUUUGUGCGGGGGGGUGUAAAUGUGAAAGGGAAAGCCGGAGCGCUGCCCGCGGAAGGAGGCAGAGCGGAGCGGAGCCGAGCCGAACCGGGGCCGGGAGCGGCCAGCCUGUAGCCGGCGGGGCCGGGAGGCGGGGGGUUCGCCGGCGCACCGCGGGGCUGCGGCCGAGAGGAGCCGGUGAGGCGGAGCCCGGCGAAGGACUCCCUCGCCGGCGUCGCAGCGGAGGGGGCUGCCGGCGUCCCUUUCCCCCCCGGGGAGGCUGCGCUCGCCUCCCCGGCCGCGGGGGGAGCCGCUGCCCCGGCCUUGCCGCCCGCCGCGGCGGGUCCGCGGGGGGGGGGGGGGGGUCAGGGGGCGAGGAGCCGCCGCCAGGGCCGCGCCGACGAUGUCGGGGCAGUCGAUCACCGACCGCAUCACGGCGGCGCAGCACAGCGUCACCGGCUCGGCCGUCGCCAAGGCCGUCUGCAAGGCGACGACCCACGAGGUGAUGGGCCCCAAGAAGAAGCACCUGGACUAUCUAAUACAGUGCACAAAUGAAAUGAAUGUGAAUAUUCCGCAGUUGGCAGACACACUCUUUGAGAGAACUGCAAACAGUAGCUGGGUUGUAGUGUUCAAAGCUCUAAUUACAACACACCACCUCAUGAUGUAUGGAAACGAGCGCUUUAUCCAGUAUCUUGCAUCCCGAAACACUUUGUUCAAUUUAAAUAACUACCUGGACAAAAGUGCCAUGCAGGGCUAUGAUAUGUCUACCUUCAUUAGGCGAUAUAGCAGAUACUUGAAUGAAAAAGCACUUUCAUAUAGACUUGUAGCAGUUGACUUCACCAAAAUGAAAAGAGGGAUAGAUGGAGUGAUGAGAACCAUGAAUGCUGAAAAGCUGCUGAAAACCCUUCCAAUCAUACAGAACCAGCUUGAUGCACUCCUUGAUUUUGAUGCAAAUCCAAAUGAACUAACAAAUGGUGUUAUAAAUGCUGCCUUUAUGCUCCUCUUUAAAGAUUCCAUUAGACUUUUUGCAGCAUACAAUGAAGGGAUUAUUAACCUUUUAGAAAGAUAUUUUGAUAUGAAGAAGAACCAGUGCAAAGAAGGCUUGGAUAUUUACAAAAAAUUUCUAGCCAGAAUGACCAAAUUGUCAGAAUUCCUCAAAGUAGCAGAGCAAGUUGGAAUUGAUCAGGGUGACAUUCCAGAUCUUACUCAGGCACCCAGCAGCUUGCUUGAAGCACUGGAACAGCAUUUGGCUUCUGUGGAGGGAAAGAAAACAAAAGAAGUCUCCGCUGCCAGCAGAGCUAGUGCCCUAUCCAGUGCUGUUUCCACACUUGCCAAUACAGGAAUGUCAUUUAGCAGGAUGGAUGAGAAAGAGAAGCAGCAGGCAUUGGAGGAGGAGCAAGCUAGACUGCAGGCACUUAAGGAACAGCGAUUAAGAGAGAUUUCUGUAGUACCAAAUUCCACUUCCACAUCAGCAUCCCCAAGCACCUUAUCAGGAAAAAGUGUGAAUACCACUGUAGCUGUUGACCUCUUUGCAGUACCAGCACCGACAACAAAUAGCAUGCCCAACCUUUCUAGUGAUCUUUUUGAUCUUCAGCCUGCAUUUGUUCCAACUGUGCAGAGCACUCCAGCUAUAUCAACAUCUGCAAGCAGUGCUUGGGGAGGUCCUUUCUCGUCCUCAAAUGGUUGUGUUGGUUCUCCACCUCAUCUGGACAUCUUUGACAUGAAGCCAGUUGAAGAAGCUGUAAAAUCUACCACCCCUUUCAUCAAUUCUACUUUUUCCUCCAAACAAACGGUGGAACUGUUUAGUGAUGACUUUAGUGGUCAUAAACCUACAUAUGCUUCUGUGUAUCAUCCUCUGACUGUUGAUGGUUUUCCUCUUCAUUCAGGUCCUCCAAGUACCACCUCUUCAACAAUUAAUGUGGACUUUGAUGCUGUUUUUGGGGGAAAAUCUACAGCACCAGAGUACAGGACUACAAGUGAUGAUGUAUUGCAACCCACAGUACCACCACAAAGUCAAAGAGCCACUUUAGCCCACCAGCAAAGCGGAAAAAUUUUGGCAAAUGACCUCGAUUCUUCGCUUGCUAAUCUAGUGGGAAACCUUGGCUUUGGAGGAACUCCAUCCAAAAAAUCAGAUAUGCAGUGGACCCAGCCUACAGAGAAAAAACUUACUGGAGGAACAAACUGGCAAGCAAAAACAAGCACAUCGACCACAUGGAACCCUACUACCUUACCCACUAUUCCACAUAUGAAUGGAGUACACUAUCCUGGAUAUGUACCUGCUCCUAUCACAUACCCAUUGACCACACCUCAAGUGCCUGUAUAUGGAAUGGUACCUCCUCAGGUUGGAGCUGCUCCUUUGAUGGCACCGCAGUCAAUGAUGUAUACGCAGCCUGGUCUAAGGCCAACAAAUCCAUUUGCACCUGUUUCUGAAACUCAGAUACAGUUUAUGUAGAUCCGCCAAAGCAGCAAGUUGUGAGAACAACCAAAUACUGGUAAAAAAAGAAAAGACUGGAUUUCAAUCUUUCCAUGAUGUAUUCCAGAACAGGGCAACUGUUUCUUCCCUGUAUAAUACAACAUUAUUUUGAAUUGCAAUGCUUCAGAGAUUCUUGUUUAUAACAGUCACUGCAGUGUGAAGUCAUGUUUGUUCACUGAUUUUUUUUUUUUUUUUUAACUGCUCAGCAGAAAAUGUAUUUUAUUGAGGUUGACUCAGAAGGUACAAGCUGGAUUAUCAUCUUCAAAGCUGAGAAGAGGGGUUACAUGAUUGCUCUACAACCUUAUUCAUCAGUGGAUUACCUUAGGAAGUUAACUGAGGAUGUCAAAGCUAUUUAUUUUCUCCAUAAAUUCUGUGGCUGUUGUAACCAAGACACAAUACAAAUGAAGUCAAGCAAUAAAAUUUUUAUGUGCUCUGAUAAAUACUCUGAUAGAGCAAUGCUUGCAUUAUCAUAAGGCCAAUAUUGUGUGAAAUCAGACAGCUUUUUCACAUUAGAAUAGCUUAAAGUAAUUUGCAAACUUUAUAAUGUGAGUUUGAAAUGCUGUGAAUCACAAGAUAUAUACAUAUUUUAUAUAUAUAUAUAUAUAUUAAAAAUAAUAAAUUGCUCCAUUGGUAUGUCAGUGUUACAUGGCUAGUUGAAAGAGCCAGGCUCUGAAACGGGCUGAAAGUCUGUGAUGGAGUAGGGGAACCAAGUGUGGUACAGAACAGCAUGUGCAGCCUCCGACAGGUGACAGCAGCUGCACUUCCAUCGAGUACCUUCUCUGCAGAUAGCAUCUUUCAUAGCUCAAGGAAGAGUAGCUUUGGGAGCCAGUGAAUGGAGGUAUCCCUGAGAGCAGCAAAUGGGAGCCACUUGAAAAUCUUGUUGCUAUCUGCGAGAGAGUCAAGAGAUCCAAUUUUUUUAAAAGUCCAUUAGGUCAAAAGAAGCAAACCUUGCAAUAGUGCCAACACUUGUGAACUGGCAACUAAAUUGAAAUUAUUCAGCUGUAGAGAAUAGCUUGUGCUGCUUUUCUGAAAUAAGAACCUAGUUGUAAACCAUAUAAAAGUAAUUAUUUUUAAAGGUGUAAAUAUGUGCAAACUUUUAGAUAAUCUUUUCUUUAAUGCUGCAGUAAUCUUUCUUCUGUAGUAAUUUCAAGGUAAAAAUGCUAUGUUAAGAAAUCCAGACUCUUUUGAGAGGAAAAUCUUUUAAAUCAACUAAUUUAUGAAGUAUGCUAUUCAUGAUGGGUCAGAUGUGUACAGACUUCUGGCACAUCUUUUGUAUUUAACAAUCUUCCUCCAAAACUGAAAUCGGCUCUGAAAAUGCCUUAUCUUGUAUUUUUCAAUGUCUGAUAAAAAGUGAUAGCAUUAAAAAAAAAAAAAAAAAGCAGUUCAUAACAAGUAAAUGGAAUUGGGAACAACCUUUCUUCCAGAAGUUUAGUGGCAGAAUACAAUGAGAAGCUCUCCUGUAAAAUGACUUCUUCUAAUGAUUAAUAUUAAAGCUGAGUUUUCAAAAAGUGAAUAGUUUUCUAUUGUUACAAUAAUUAGACCUCCAGAGUAGCAUGUCUUUUAUCUUUUGGGGAGUCUGUGAUUGCGGAAAUAUCUCUGACUCUCACUAUGAAUGCAAAUAGGCCUGAGAAUCUUGUCAAAUGGUCCUGUAGAGAACUUCUAAAAUACACCACUUUCCUCAUAGUGGGAACAAGCCUUCUCCUUUUCUAAAUACUUAGUUCUGUCCAAAGAGUGUAAAAGAAGUAUUUCUUAACCCUAUGGAAAUAUUUUUGCCAAGUGAAACAACCCAAAAGAAACAAAAUAAUAAACUACCCCACAAGCCUUGCAAUCUGUAACCACUAACUUCUGGGAAAUGUAACCUUGCAGAAAUUUAAAACUCAGAGUUUCUGAAUGUGUAUCGAUUUGAUUUUUUUUUUUUUUUUUUUUUAAAGAAUUUGGACCGGUAUAUAGCAAUUUAAUAUUCAAGUUUGAAUUACAAAGGGCUUCAAGCUUUAAUCCACCUUUAUUGGGUUGAACAAUUGUACAAUGUUAAGCCAAUGAGUUCUUCAGUGCCUAUAGUUACCCUCCAUGUGAUGAGGGAAUAGAUGCCAUUUAGAAUGGGUCAUUGUGUUGAGGGGACUGUUUAUUUAAGAAAUAGUGAAUUCCAUUGAUUUAUUCAGCAUUGAAAAGUCUUGAGUUCAAACUAGACCAGUACAUGUAGUAAUAAAUGUCUGGGCAUUAAUGACAGAGCUGAGAGCGUUAUAAGCAGGCAGUUUCUAGCACUGUAAGCUGUUAGGUCUCUUUCUCAUACUGAGUUGUAUAAGUAAUAAUCCAUUAUUUUAAUAAAAAUAUGCAAAUAAAUGCCUGGCAAACAGUA